UAUUAGAUUCAGAAGCAUCGCCCGACUUUGCUUUGAUCUCCAGCAGCCUUUUAGCAAUAUUUGCUCACUACUGAGACUAUUCUGUAGUUUGCAGAGGCAUCGCCGACUCAACGGCAACGACGAUCAUCUCCUGAUCCAUUUUAUUUGGAGAUCUGAAAGAAGAGCCAAGAUCUUCUCUCUUCUGCAAUCAGAUGGCGGUGUCACUGACAGUGGUGGGGGGAUGGUUCGCGCAGGCCUUCAUCCAAACCUUGAUCGAUAAGGCCAGCGACAAAGCCAUCCAACUGUUUGCCGAACGCCGGGGUUUCGCGGCGGACAUGGAAACUCUGUGCACGUCGCUUCUGGAGACUCAAAUCAUCCUUGACAAGGUACAGAGUAGUCAGAGCAACGACACCAAGUGGAAGACAUUGAUGCAGAAACUCAAGGAUGCUGCUUAUGAUGCUGAGGACUUGAUAGAUGAGUUCCAAUACCAUGUACUCAGGCAGAAGAUCAAUGGUGAAGAAGAGGACAAGGCAGUAAGUGGCUCCGGUGGCCUUCCAAACAUUUUUUCUGCUGCAAAAGAAAAGUUGUUUGGUUCUUCUCAUUCCUUGGAGGAAGAGGCCAUGAGAGCUAGCGUGGUGGAGAUUCAAGGAAGGCUGGAGAGAAUCGCUAACAGUAUGAAGAGCAUCAUGAAUGUGUUACCACCAAAUGAUAGAGGGAAGCAACCAGAUCAGAUGAAGUUUCAGUCCAGAGAAUCAUGCUCUUCCCCGGUGACGGACAUAUUGUUUGGUAGAGAUAAAGAACUAAAUCAAGUGGUAGACUGGUUGUUGGGGUCAGCUAAUCAGGUGGAACCAGCGUCGGGAUUUCUCAACGAUGCCCUAUCCGUGUUGCCCAUCGUCGGUAUAGGAGGGGCUGGCAGGCCCGGCCCAGAGGCCGGGCGGUCCUGAGCGAUUGCCCAGGGCCCAAGUUUAGAUGGGGCCCACA